AAAAAAUGCCUUCUUUGAAAAGUAGUCUUUAUUAUGUUGCAUUCAUUGAUGAUUUCACCCGUAUGUGUUGGAUCUUCUUUUUAAAGUACAAGUCAGAGGUGGCUCAAGUCUUCUGGAACUUUAAAGCCAGAGUUGAGAAUGAGAGUGGUUGUAGAAUUCAAACUCUCAGAUCAAACAAUGGCAAAGAGUACACCUCUGAAGCAUUCACUCAUUUUUAUGAAGAGGCAGGCAUCCAACAUCAAUUAACCGCUCCAUACACUCCACAACAAAAUAGAGUAAGUGAGAGACAGAAUAUAUUCAUAUUGGAGAUGACACGAUGUAUGCUACAUGAGAAGAACCUGUCAAAGCAAUUUUGGGCUGAAACAGUAAAUACUAUUUUUUUUUGCAAAACAGGCUUCCCACAAGAGCAGUGAAGGAUCAAACACCCUUUGAGGCAUGGUAUGGUUAUAAACCAUCUCUGAAUUUCCUUAAAAUAUUUAGAUGUUUGUGCUUCACUUAUGUUCCAUAGACCAAAAAAGAUAAAUUAGAUAAAAGAGCACUUCCAGGCAUCUUCAUUGGCUACAGCUCAGUUGUAAAAGCUUAUAAAGUUUUUCAGCCACAAACUGGAAAAAUUAUUAUAAGGAGGGAUGUGCACUUUAUGAAAGAUGAAGAGUGAAACUAGGAUGAUGCAAAAAAGAUGGAUCUAACCUUAAAAGAGCACAAGCUCAAGUUUCCUAGCAUUGGAGAUUGAGAGAAUGAAAUGGUGGAUGACAGUCCUAUCAGAGGUACAAGACUACUUUAUGAUGUUUAUCAAAGAUGCAAUAUUGCUGUGUGUGAACCUACAAAUUAUGAAGAGGCCAAGACGGAUCAAAAUUAGAUUGCUACAAUGAAGGAGGAGCUAUUCAUGAUUGAAAGGAAUGAAACAUGGGAGUUGGUUGAUCGACCCCAAAACAGAAAAGUAAUUGGAGUCAAAUGGGUAUACAAAACCAAGCUUAAUGCUGAUGGCUCAAUCAACAAGUAUAAAGCUAGACUCGUGGUCAAAGGAUAUGUUCAAAUACUCGGUGUGGACUAUUUAGAUACCUUCGCACCAGUCGCUAGACUCGACACUAUCAGGCUUUUACUUGUCGUUGCAGCACAAAAGAAUUGGAAAGUGCACCAAUUAGAUGUCAAGUCAGCAUUCUUGAAUGGUUUUCUGUAGGAGGAGAUUUAUGUAGAACAACCAGAAGGCUAUGUCAAUGAAGGAGAAGAAGACAAGGUUUAUCUUCUUAAAAAGGCACUUUAUGGAUUGAAGCAAGCUCCAAGAGCUUGGUACAGCAAGAUUGAUGAACAUUUACAGAACUUGGGAUUUGUCAAAAGCUUAUCUGAAUCAACAUUAUAUGUCAAGCACAAUGGAGCUGACAUUCUUAUCAUCUCACUAUAUGUGGAUGACUUACUUGUGACAGGAAACAACACAAGUAUUAUGAAAAAGUUUAAGCAAGAGAUGAUGGAGUUUUUUGAAAUGACAGAUCUUGGAUUAAUGAACUUUUUUCUUGGAAUGGAAAUCAAACAGAAUGAACAUGAAGUCUUCAUUUGUCAGAAGAAAUAUGCCAAAGAGAUUCUGAAAAAGUUUAAACUUGAAGAAUGUAAAGAAAUGAAGACACCAAUGAACUCAAAAGAAAAGCUCUGUAAAGAAGAUGGAACAGAGAAGAUUGAUCAGGCAUAUUUCAGAAGCCUGAUUGGUUGCUUAAUGUUUCUCACAGCAACUCGGCCUGACAUUUUGAAUGCUGUAAGCAUUUUGUCUCGGUUUAUGCAUUAUGCAAGUGAAUGGCAUCUCAAGGCUGCAAAGAGGGUGCUUAGAUAUGUGAAAGGCACAAGUGAUUUUGGCAUUAAAUACACAAAGAGCAAAUAG